AUGGAGGUCAGCCACUCCGUCAAGGAGCGCACCAUCGCCGAGAACAGCCUGGUCAUCCUGCUGCAGGGCCUGCACGGCCAGGUCACCACUGUGGACCUCCGUGACGAGAGCACGGCCACCGGGCGCAUCACCAAUGUGGACGCCUUCAUGAACGUGCGCCUGGCCGAGGUGACCUUCACGGACAGGCAGGGCACAGUGUCCCACUUGGACGAGCUCUUCGUAACUGGCAGGAACGUCCGCUACGUCCACAUCCCCGACGAGGUGGACAUCAGGGCCACCAUCGAGCGGCAGCUGCAGGCGAUCCACAGGGUCCGCUACUUCGGAGGCCGUGACAAGGGGAGGAAGGAGUUCCCCCGAGCGAAGCACAAAUGAUCCCUUCUGGUGCUGCUGGAGCUCCAGGGCCAGCACGGACCCUGGUGCCAUGUGCGCGGGAAGGCAAGGACAGAUGUGCCCCCUCUUGACAGGACGCUGGGGCUUCCUGCCAGACGCCUCCGCACCUUGCCCUGGGCAUCCCUCCCAGGGAGGCAGGGCUCUGCUUCUCGCUGGCCGGUGCCUGUGGGAGAGCAUGAGGAUCCUCAGUGCAAGGUUAUUUUUUUAAUGGAUAACCCUGCUUUGAAGGGUCUGUGAUUUUUUCCAGCUCGUUUCCUGUUCAGUUGGCAGCUACUCUGUAUCCCUCCUCUGAUUGCUCAGCAUUCUUCUCAAACAAAGCCCUUUUGGUCAGAAACCACA